CCAUAUUUUUCGCUCCAUAAGAAACACGCACCUGACCAUAAGGCACACCUAGAUUUUAGAGAUGGAAAACAGAAAAAAAAUAUUCUGAACCAAUGGACUGCAGACAUAGUACAGGAGAUGACCAGAGACUGCGGACACGGUACAGGGGAUGACCAGAGACUGCGGACACGGUACAGGAGAUGACCAGAGACUGCGGACACGGUACAGGGGAUGACCAGAGACUGUGGACACGGUACAGGAGAUGACCAGAGACUGUGGACACGGUACAGGAGAUGACCAGAGACUGUGGACACGGUACAGGAG